AUGUUUAAGAGGUCAAAUUCAUUUACACCUUCACGAGGUAAUAUGCUAAACACUCUCCCAAAGCCUCCCAACCGUACCAGACAUAGAAGUAAAAUAUCUAACUUUUCAAAAGAAUCUCAAUUGAAUAUUGAGCAAGGUAAAAUAAUAAGCAAAGAGCAAGGGGAAAUUGAGUUUGGAAUUACUUGUAUUAAUUGCCAAGAAAUAGUCCCUGAAAAUCUCAUUGAAUCUCAUUCAAAAUAUUGUACAACUAUAAGCGAGGAAGUAUUUAAAGUUGAUGGUAGCACUGAAAUCGAACAGUUUGAAUUCCGAAUCAAAAAAAUGAUUAAUUUUUUAAAGGACAAGGAAUUGCAAUCCAAUUAUAGGCCGACGGAAAAAAAUAUUAUUUCAGUUUUGCAAAAAGUGUGCAAAAAUCUUUUGAGUAGUAAUAAAACUGCAAGCAAAGAAUUAAACAUUGAGGUCAGAAAAUAUAUUGAGGCAAUGCUUGAAAAGUUCAAAGCAUCGCUGUCCUUGAGAAUCUACGCUGAAAGAUUAUUGUUAUUAUGCAAAGAACAAUUAGCAGUACUGUAUCGGAUUGAUCAAAAACCGUCAGAAAUAAAAAUGAAAGAAGAAAUUGAAAAUCGAGAGGGAGUUUACACAAAGAAAACCGAUAUUAAAGAAAAAUUGAUUAUUAGAACGAACACAAAUAAAAUAGUGUCUGAUUCUGAAAAAAUAGCAAAUGUAAAUAGUGAUAUAUCAAGUAGCCAAACCUUUAAUUCUGGAUUUUCAUCAAUAAGUGAUAUUAAAGAAUCUGAUUUAUGCAUGAUAGAAAAUCUGAAUGAUCUUGAAUCCAAUCUGUCUUCUUUUAAUUAUUCUCAAGAAGAACUGCAAAAAUAUUUUUAUUCUAAGUGCUUAGAACUAAAGCUAAAAUAUUCUUCAAAAAAGAUGGUGAAACUAAUCCCAGUUGCCAAACUUUAUAGUAAAGUAAUUGAAAAUAACAUGCCUGCACAAGAGUGAGCUGAGUUCAUUGAAGAAGAACUCAAAAACCCUGAAAAAUGAGUUGUUAAAGAAAAGAAGCGAUGCCAAAAAUCCAAGCUUAGAAACGAUCAAAAAAGUCAACAAUUUGAAUCAAUUAUUGAGGAAGAUUUAUAG